AUGAUACCAUGUAUUUGUAUUGUGGGGAGCUUGACAUAUGCUCAAGUUUGCACUAGACCAGAUAUAACCUACGCAGUCAGUAUCCUUAGUAGGUUUCAAUCAAAUCCAGGACAAGAGUAUUGGAAAUCGGCUAAGAAAGUUAUGAGGUACUUGAAGAAAACUGGAGGUUAUAUGCUUUCUUUCCAGUAUUCACAUCAUCUUGAGAUUUUGGGGACAACCAAGAGCACAAGGAGAAUAUAUUUGAGAGAUAAAUGGUUGGAAAAAAUCAAGAUCAAGCCAUCAAGAAUUCAAAUCCAAAAGGGAGCAGAGAUAGAAAGCAAUGUUGGCGAGAAAAUGCUGGGAAAUGUAUGCAAUGAGCAUAAGAUUUUGAUUCCAACUGCUGACCUUUUGUCUCUCUCACAACAACAGUGUACUCUCGCUUCUCAUCUUCAGCAACCUAUACCUGAGGAUGAAGCUAAUAAGAUGAUGUUCAAUUCUUGGUGA